AUGCUCAAUUCCAUAAUUAUUCUCUUUAUUUGUAUGAUUAAAUUUUCUUUAUAAAACUUACAGCAUAUUUAAUUCACCUGGCAAUAGUAAAUUUUAUUUGUAAUGUUCUUAAAAACAUUUUGGAGAAACGCAAUUAUUUACACAAUUAUUAUUAAAAUCAGAUGGUAUUUAUAUACAUUUAUAUGGCAAAGUUUAAUUUUUUUAACAAUUUUCGACUCUAUUUCUCCUAAAAAAGAUACUAUAAAAAGUCCCACUAGAGACGACAUAGCCACAUGUUAAGUCAGAUAAUGUUUUCAUCCUUUAUAUGAAUGUUUUUAAGAUAAAAAUUGUGAAAAAGAAUUGAUUGAAAUGGAGCACAAAUAUGAAUAAGAUCCUUCUUAAUAUGAAACUUUAGUAUCAUAAUUAAAAGCAAGUGAAUUAAAGGAAUUAUUUUCAUGUUAUAAAAAAAAAUGUCAAGUAGAAAGUUAUAUAUAGCAUUGUGGAAAAGAAGAUGUUUAUAUAAAAUAAUGUUUCAGAAAUAAAGACUGUUAGAAAGAAAAUAAAGCUUAUUUUGAUAAUUAUAAUACUUGUUCUAAUAGAAAAUAUCAAGCCUGUGAAGGUUUAUAAGGAGAAAAGUAAUUAUAAUGUAUAUCUUAAGAAGUUAUUUGGUGUGCAUCGGAUGGAUUAACAGAUUUAAAAGGAGAAUUAGCUAGUGCAUUUUUUUGUUUAUGA